UCCAUCUCCAACUCCAUGCACACCGGCCGGAAUAGUAGUAGUAGUACAUCUAUCAGUCGAUCGAUCAUCGUCACCGCCCCGUCAUUCAUUCAUUUGGAAUGUAGCCACCUACCUUUGAAUUUCUUCGGGGAUCCCUUCCAUAUGCUUCUGCUUCUGUUCUGAGUAGCACUAUAAGUUGGACGGACCUCCUGCCUCCACACCCCAAGCUAGCCUUGCUCAUCUCAUUCCCUCCCUUGUGCCUCUAGCAACUCAAUUCCAUUUACAUUUGCAUUUGCAUGCCUACACACAUCUUGCAUUCACUACUACCUCAACACUUACCACUCCACCCUAGCUAAGCUAGCUUCACCUCCAACACAAAAUCAUCAAUUGCAUCACCAUGGGCGAGCAAGUAGCCACCAAGGAGGAGGCCAACAACAAGGAAGCAUCGCCUGCACCGGCACCGGCAGAGGAGAAGAAGGAUGAAGCAGCACCACCACCAGCCGACCAAGACCCAAACAAGGAGGAACCACCAGCUGACCCACCGUCCCCUCCGCCGCCGGUGCCGGUGAUCCUGGGCGUCGAGCUGCACUGCACGGGCUGCGCCAAGCGGAUCAGGCGCUCCCUGCUCCGCUGCAAGGGCGUCGAGACCGUCCACGUCGACAUGCCCGCCAACCAGGUCACCAUCAAGGGCGCCGUCGACCCGCAGGCCCUCUGCGACCGCCUCCGCGCCAAGACCAAGCGCGACGCCACCCUCAUCUCGCCUUUACCGCCGCCCCCUCCCCCCGAGGGCGAGGAGCCUGCGCCGCCCCCUCCCCCGCCGGCGCCGCUCGUCAGCGAGGCCCGCACCGUGGAGCUGCUCGUCAACAUGCACUGCGAGGCCUGCGCGCAGCAGCUGCAGACCAAGAUGAUGAGGAUGAAGGGGGUGGUGAGUGCCCAGACGGACCUCGCCGCCGGCAGGCUCACCCUCAGUACCACCGUGCAGGAUGACAAGAUUGUAGAGUACAUCCACCGACGGACUGGGAAGAUCGCCUCCGUCGUGCCGCCGCCGUCUCUGGAGCCGCCCAAGGAGGAGGAGCCACCCGCUGCUGCUGCGGAGCCCAGCAAGGAGGAAGCACCAGCCGACGCCGACGGCAAGAAAGAAGAGGCCGGCGAGAACAAGCCGGCUGAAGACGGCAAAGCUGCUGCAGAGGCCGGAGAGGAGAAGAAGGAAGGUGGUGGUGGUGCCGGCGAGGAGGACCAGAAGCCGGGGAAGCAAGAAGGUGUGGCGGUGGACGGCUUCCCGCCGGAGGAGAUGAUGAAGCGGAUGGUUUACUGGCCCUACGGCGGCGCACCAGGCGGCGGCAUCCACUACAAGAUGCACCCGGCCGACGCCGAGGAGGCCAUGAUGGCCAGGAGGAUGGCCAUGCACGCCAUGCCGCCGCCGCCGCACCACCACCACCACAACCCCUACGCCACGACCAUGAUGCACCAGCAGUGGGCGCCUCCACCGCCGCCGCCACCUCCGGGCAUGCCGAUGUACAACAGCUACAACUACGGCAGCAGCUACAUGAUGGAGCGGCCGCCGCAGAUGUUCAGCGACGAGAACCCCAACGCAUGCGUCAUCUCCUAGUCCUAGCUAUCUCGGAUCACCACAUGGGCCCAUGGCACGGAUAUGAGCUCAGCAUGUGAGCUUGGCCGGAUUAUUGGACCAUCCUCCAUAUACAUUUCUAUACUCCGAUUAUAUACUGCUGCGCAAUUAUAAGCAGUAGUUAUUGUACUACUAUUAGCUACGAAAUUAAAGGACAUUGGUCACGCUUGUAAGAUCGAUCUAUGAGGAUGUUAAGUAUAGUAUAUACACCAAUCCAAAAAUCAAUGGAUCGCCCUACUUUUAGUUUGCGAACAA